AUCUGCCCUGCUUGUGGAAGUGAAUGUAUAUCUGUAUAUAUGGGCCAUGGUUACAUGCACAGGCAUUGUAGUUACUGUGAGCUGGGAUAUAAGGAUGGACUGGGGAUUACUUCAGGGAAACGGCCUACUCAAAGAUGAGCUUCUGUACUCCCAACAGUGGUUCUACUAUGCAGCCAUGCUGGCGGAUGUGCUGUUGCGGGUCUCCUGGGCUAUAAAUAUCCUCCUGGCUCAGAUGAAGGAUUCAGCUGCAGCUGCCACAGCAAGUGCCCUGCUGGCACCACUGGAAGUUCUCAGACGUUUUAUCUGGAAUCUCUUUCGGCUAGAGAACGAGCAGCUGAAAAACUGUGAGAAAUGCUGCGCUGUUCGUGAUUUCUGGAACAUCUGGAGGCAUCUGGAAGAAGACCAAGAUGUGCUGCCAAAAGAACAUCACAAAAUCACCCUCUCGAAUCAGAGGUGCUGAAUCUCUUCCACCUGAGCAGUUUUAGAAAAUAAUUCACAGUUAAAAAUACCUGAAAAUUAAUGUCAUUUUUUUUUGCACUGUAAAAGAGACAAAAUUGGCCUUUAAGGGCAGAG